AUGCAGCGCAAGGUUCGUGAUGACAAUUAUGGUCUUGGCCUGCUUAAGCCAGACACCUUCGCAGAGGACAGACUGCUUCGUCAACCGCCGGGUGUUUGUAUCAUGCUGGUCAUGUACAACCGGUACCAUAACUACGCGGCCACGCAACUUCGGCGCAUCAACGAAAACGGCCGCUUUUCAGUCCCCAGGAAGUAUCAGGAGGCUAAGUUCCUGGCCGCUGUCAGUUACUUUGUUAAAGAUAAACUGAAGGACGACACGGACUACCAGCAAGCUUUGGAGAGGUUCAAGCAUGCCAACCAGGCCUUCGAGAGCAACGGCCGGAUUGCCACCGAUGAAGAGAAGAUGGCCUUCAGGCGAGACCCAAUUACCAGACUGUUCAAGGAUGAGCAAACGAUCGAACACCUUACCAAGGUGAUGGACGAGCCAAUCUCGAACUACGGGCCUACGAACGUACCUCGGUCCUUGAAAGCCGUCGAGGUCUUGGGCAUCAUCCAGGCGCGCAAGUGGGGAGUCGGCACGCUGAACGACUUCCGUGAGUUCUUCGGAAUGAAGCGUCACGAAUCGUUCGAGAGCAUCUCAGGCUGUGUUGAGGUCCAGAAUGCACUCCGUGAUCUCUAUGAGCACCCCGAUAAGGUCGAGCUUUAUCCCGGUAUCUUCUGCGAGUCGGACGCGAGUCAGAAUGCGGAUCCAGGACCGAGUGAUGUCGAUUCGGCGUUGUGGGCUGCCAUUUUCUCCGAUGCCAUCACCCUCGUCCGGUCGGAUCGGUUCUACACCGUUGACUGGAACACGAACUCGCUCACCUCUUGGGGUAUGAAGGAGGCAACCCCAGAUAACGAUGUGCUCAAGAGCUCCGUAUUCCAUCGACUUCUGCAGCGAUCGUUCCCGGAGUGGUUCCCAACCAACUCGGUUCGCUUCUUCCACCCCUUCUAUACAGCCCAGAAGAACGCCGAGUACGCAGCGGCGCAAGGCUACGGCAAAGACUUCGCCAUCACACCUGACACUUCGGCCUCAAACCCUCGGAAGCCUGUUGACCCCAAGAUUCUCACUGAUCCUGCGCAAAUCAUGGCAGUUCUGGAUGACCAUACGGACAACAUCGUUCACCCAGUCCGCCUUGAGACCGAUAUUCUCCCCGCCAAAGUCGCCGAGGUUCUGGCCCCGCGCAAAAAGGGCAAAAGGAGAGAUGGUGAUAAAAAGCCGGAUGACGGACACCGCGAAGAAAUCGACACCGAUACCCACCAGUUGAUGACAUACUUCACCCCCUCAUGA